AUGGAAUAUAAUUAACUUCAAAAGGAGGCUAAUCAAUGCAUGGAAAACAUUCUAUUUUUAGCAAUAGACAAAAAGUAAUAACCGAAUGUAUAAUCAGAGGAGUAUUAGAGAUGCUAGAAAUUAGUAACAGAAUUUAGAAAAUAAUUUAUUGACCAUAUGGCAAAAACCUUGAAUUUAGAUGAGAAAUCUGUUCAACAUAUAAAUUCUUAAAUGAACAGCAAAUAAAACUGA